CCAACCCCGACCGGUUACAGAUGUCACGCCUCACGCAUUUAGGGCUUUAUUAGUUUCCAUACAUCCGCUUUUAGGUGGUACUCAGCCAUAGCGACAAUAGACACGUUAUUUCUUAACAUCUCGAUGACGUAGGUAUCACAUCACACCACACCAAAAGCGUUCCCGGAUCGAAACGCAUUCAGAAGUGGGAGGCCCUCUGACAGACAACUAUACGUUCACGAUGUCUCUUUCGGAAGCAUACAACACGGUCAAGCGCGCUCUUUCCACAGCCCCGUCAAACGAUGCUUAUCUUCGCUGGGAUUCGCCAGGCGUCGAAGACCCAAAAGAGGAUGAAGGAGAAAAGACCAGACAAAUUGGAGAAACGAUGAACAAGAUGCAGCAACACAACUUCGACCAACAUCGUCACGCCUUUCGGGCCACGCACGUCAAGACACAAGGUGUUGUCAAAGGUAAGUUGACUGUACUAUCAAAUAUCUCAGACCAUCUGCGCCAGGGUCUCUUCAAGACGCCCGGCAAGACAUACGAUGUAGCAGCGAGAUACGCAAAUGAACCUGUGUUUCUCCAAGCUGAUCAAGAGCCCGGACCUCGGGGGCUGGCGAUGAGAAUUUUUGAAGUCGAAGGCGAACGACUCGAGGGUGCGAAUCCAAACGCAACGACCCAAGACUUUUUCUUCAAUAACGCCCCGAUGAUUGAAUUGACCGACAUCGACACUUGCUUGGAAAUCAUGAAUUUGAGAGAGAAGUACUUUGAUAGCCCUACGAUGCUAGCGGCAGCGACAAAGUUACGCACCGACGCUAUCAAGCAAAGUGCGCCUGGGAUGCUCCCCAACACCAACAUGAUCAGCCACUCUUUCUACUCACAGAGUGCAUUUAGAUUCGGCGAAUGGUACGGCCACAUGGCGCUUUUCCCGGUCCUCGAUGAAAUGAAGAGCCGUACGGAGAAGAUGAAGGGUAGUUACUCUAGGGAGACUCUUGCAGACUGGUUGAUGGAGUACUAUGCAGAAAAUGGGGCGAAAUAUGAGUUCAAGAUUCAACUUGGGACGUCGCCAGAGCACCACCCCACCGAAGAUGCAUCCAUAGUCUGGGACGAGGCUACGGCACCUUAUCAGACUAUAGCCGUCAUCGAGUUUCCUCCACAGGACGCAUUGACUGCGGCCAGAAGGGUCUUCUGGGAGGACUAUAUGAAGCUCAGCCCUUGGGAUGCACUGGCUGAGCAUCAACCUCUGGGAAGCAUUAAUCGCUUGCGGAGGGUCGUUUACGACAUGAGCAGGAAGAAAAGGGAAGCAAUGAAUGCUAAUACAACACAGAGCGUGAAUAGUGUGGGUGAGAUACCUUGGUAGACGAUCAAGGGGCUAUACCGGCAAGCUGUAUGCGUCUCGCCCUUCGACAGUUACUUUACCAAUCCAUUUCAACUUAGUAUCAACACCUUUCACGCUCACUAAUGUCUGUCACUUCAAAUCUUCAUAUGAUUACAUAUCUCGGUACAUUAGUGUUUCAAAGCAUCUUCUUGGUUACAUGCGUAGUAAGUAAGCUUUGCACAACUGGCAGCGCGUUCUUACUGCGACUACCCUCCGC